AUGGCCAACCGUCAGGCGCUGCAAUUGACUUCACUCCCAACUGAGAUUCUCUUUCUCAUUGUCUUUUCCAUCGAUAAUGCCAAAGACUUGCGUUCCCUCGCCUCCACCAAUCACUACUUUCGUGACCUUGCCGGUCCACACACCGUAACCGCACAACUUUGGUUCACAAAGGUAAGUCAGGACAUAGCUCCAGAGGAUCUACUACGAACCGCCAACGAAUGGGGCUUCCCGUUAACAACUGAAUACGCGAAAAAGCUCAUAAUGAUUAACGCGCCGAGCGAACCUUCAUGUUUAUGCGCGGAACCGCCUGGUCCGCGGCGAGCACUUCAACGAAUAGAACGCGUCCUGCACGUGGUUGAAAGGUUCGGGCUAUUUUUGCACAAUAUGCUUGCAGUUAAUUAUUACUAUCCUCAUGAUUGGGAUGCGUGCCAACGUGUUGCGGAUGAAGUGGAACAAUAUUUGGAGGAUUUGGGCUGGGUGCAAUUUUAUCGUGGGCAAAUGCAUCGUGGGAUUGAUUCGAUGCUCGUGUCGACGGUUGAAACGGAUAUGGAGUUUGAGGCAGUUGCAUUUGAGAUUUUUGCGAAAAAGUUGAGAGAGGAAAUUGCGAUGAUGUCUACAAUUACAGUUGCUAGUCCGAAAAAGUCAAGCAACAGUAGUAGGAGCAAUGAGAAUAACAACAGUAGCAGCGGUAAUAAAAGCAGCAAUAAUGAACUUUUUGCAUCCGGAGCAAGCGAAGAAAUUUAUUUGAAGUGGACAAGUCUCAUACAAGAUCAAUUGAAUUUCUUCUCAAUGGAACAAUACAUAAUGGAUAAAUUUAAACCACCUUCGAAAUGGCAAUUGGCCGAAUAUCUGUCGGCAGUUGUUGCAGGAUUAGCAGAACGAGAAGAUAAUAGGGAGAAUGUUAGAUUUACUAACGUUGUCCCUGCCAGCGCUUAA